AGUGAGUCAGUACAUGAGAUGGAAGAAGAGCUGUAAGAAGUUUUCUCUUCUCACUGCAUAGAGUGUAUGACCCGGGGAAAUAGAGCACCGCACAUGUGAUGAGAACGGCUCCUCUCCUUUCUGAGGCUCAUUUCCACACCAUUUCAUUUGUUGCCAUUAACCAGCAGCUGAUGUCCUUGGGAUGUGAGAUGAUGACUGUUGUUGGCAGGCUACAGACCUAUGAUGAGCAAUACUAAAGGAGAACUUCAGAAGGAAAGUGGGAAGGAGUGAUCUGGUUGGCAGGUACUAGGCAGGUGCUUCCCAUCUCUCUGUACCCACCAGCCUGCAUUACCCAAUGGAAGUGUAGAUUUGAAAUGAUUUCCUUGGGCUUGUCUUCAGAGCAUCAGUAAUAUCUGCUAUAGGUGGACUACUUGGACCCUGCUCAUUUCCUGGCAGGGAGCAUGGAGAGGUCAGCUUUACCCAUUUCUUGGUCACUCUGGGUCUCCUGCUCCCUGCUCCUGUCCCUGGCACAAGGGACACUGGUUGAAAGCAGCAGAAGAGCCAACAUGGACAGUGGCUUCUUAUACAGGCGCUUGAAGAACCACGAGAAGAGGGAGAUGCAGAAGGAGAUCCUCUCCAUCCUUGGACUGCCACAUAGACCAAGACCGGUGCAUGGACUUAGUCCUGCCCAGCUGCACCAGCCUGGCAGACUCAACUCUGCUCCCCUCUUCAUGCUGGACCUAUAUAAUGCCAUGUCUGGUCAGGAACAGGGAAUGGACCUUAGAGACUGGUCACACAGAACAUACCCUCACAGCCAUCACAUGAAGGUCAAGAGCCUACUGAACAGUCCCCUGGCCAGUGCCCAGGACAGUGCAUUUCUCAAUGAUGCUGACAUGGUCAUGAGCUUCGUCAACCUGGUUGAAUAUGAUAAGGAGCUGUCACCCCGUCUAAGACAUCAUAAAGAAUUCAAGUUUAAUCUAUCACAGAUUCCAGAGGGAGAGGCAGUGACGGCGGCGGAAUUUCGUAUUUACAAGGACUGUGUCUUGGGCACCUAUGAAAACCAGACUUUUUUAAUCAGCGUUUAUCAAGUAUUAACAGAACACAAAAGCAGAGAAUCUGAUUUCUUCCUCCUGGAUACUCAGACAGUGUGGGCUUCUGAGGAAGGUUGGCUGGAAUUUGACAUCACUGCAACCAGCAACUUAUGGGUAAUGAAUCCACGGCGCAACCUUGGACUACAGCUUAGUGUAGAAACCAGAGACGGUCAGAAUGUAAACACAAGAGCUGCCGGUCUGGUUGGCAGGGAUGGCCCAUAUGACAAGCAACCAUUCAUGGUAGCUUUUUUCAAAGCAAGUGAGGUUCACUUGAGGACAGCAAGAUCUGCAACAGGCAAACGCAAGAACCAGAACCGCAAUCGCUAUUCUCAUUCACAAGAUGUAUCAAGAGUAUCCAGUGUAACAGAUUAUAACAGCAGUGACCUAAAAUCAGCAUGCCGAAAACAUGAACUCUAUGUCAGUUUUCAAGAUUUAGGAUGGCAGGACUGGAUCAUAGCUCCAAAAGGCUACGCGGCUAACUACUGUGGAGGAGAGUGCUCGUUCCCACUAAACGCCCAUAUGAAUGCCACAAACCAUGCCAUUGUGCAGACCCUGGUCCAUCUCAUGAAUCCAGACUACGUGCCAAAGCCGUGCUGCGCUCCAACCAAGCUAAACGCCAUCUCAGUGCUUUAUUUUGAUGAUAACUCAAAUGUUAUACUUAAGAAAUACAGGAACAUGGUGGUGAGAGCAUGUGGCUGCCAUUGAGGAGAGAGGGGAAAACAGUCCUACUAUAGUCAACCCUCAGAGGGGCCCCAGAGUCAAGUGAGGACCAUAGAAUAACAGCACAUUGCUAUUAAAGACUGAGACAAUCAGAAGGAAGCAUAGACAAUGCUUAUUUAUAAAGAGAUCAGUUUUGUAUAUUACACGUACUCACACUGCGCCGCCAAAGAGGGCCGUAUCAAUUCAGGAUGGAUAUAUGAAAUGAAAGAGAAUCGUUGGAAAUAAGAUUUUGAAAUUGUAUUUUAGUUAGCUUGGAUCAAGCUGUGUUUCAACAUAAAAUAAAUAAAUAAUAUAUACGAUCUGUAA